AUGGACUCAGCCUCCGCCAAACAUGGCUUUGAAGGAGUGUUCAUCAUCUGCAGUAAGGUGGUCAAUCAAGAUGCGUCGCUUGGGCACAUACACACGACUCCAGGUGCAGAAGAUUUUUGGGCCACGCGCUGCCUUGCAGAUGAAGAUAUAAUGAUCGGGCAUCUAAAGGCACAUGUUUACAACCUUGCAUCACUCUCAGUAGCCAAGGGCAUGCAGGCUGACAACGCAUCAAGCGCGAAGGAGAUUGAGCUGUCACGUAGAUAUACACCCUCCCAAGCAUCCAGACAGCCCACCAAAGAUGGACCGGAGGUUCUAGAGGUCCCUGACUCGGAUGUUGACGACUGGCGACUCCAAGCUGACCAUCUUCAAUGUAUCAAGGGCGGGAUCGUUGCAUUAGAGCUAGGUGGGAAACUCACCAUUCGCUCUGGCCAUUUCCCUUGGAAGAAGCUCCAUGGUGACUUCGAUCAUCAAGGGUUUGUUAUGGAAGGCUAUCCAGAGGACGUUCUGAUGCCAGGAGAGACGCGCUCUACCAUUAGGAGCAAGGGUAUCAAUGAUCUCGACAAAAGGGAACAAGUGAUCCUUGCAGAGGCAUUGAAGGCAGGCACGUUAGUUAUCAAGCAUUGUGGAAAUGGGACCACAGAUCAUAAGGACAAAUCUCAGAGCCACGCCGUCAUCAUGGGGGAGGCUCCCCCUCCAAACUCUAUUCACUCCCAGGGCCGGCGGCUGCUUGCCAAUGGGGUUGUGGAUCGUGAAGGGCUGCCUGGCCUCCGGCCAAGUACAGCAACAACAAAAGUCAAGAAGUUUAAGCCAUUGACGGGACAGAAGCCUGCACCCACUCAAACCCCCAUUGUCAUUGAUGUCACUCCCCCUUCCGCCGCCGUACCUCAGAAGAAACUCGUAGUCUCAGUUGACGUCCCCCCUUCACGCCCUUUCAAGGUUGUCAGAUACCCCAAAUCGAAGGUGAUGCCAGUGCCUACCAACACCAUCGCUCAUGAUGAUUCGGUCAAGGCGUCAUCUGGAUCUGAGGAAGACGACUCCGGCUCUGACUACGAGGAGAAAGCCGAAUCCCACAAACGCAAGGCAAAAGCAUCUGGGGGUGCUCACUAUAAGCGCCGUGCUCCAUCAAGUGACAUCGAGCUGGCUAACUCACCGAAAGGGAAGAGUCGCGCAAAGGGAAAGGGGAGAGCACCUGGGCCCGCACACUAUUCAGACAAGGCAACAACUAGCAUGCAGAAGGGUGCACCCGAACGCUCUCAUCAACCUCAUUAUCGCACUGUCAUGUCAGAUUCUGAAGGAGAGGGAGAAAAAGAUGAAGUCAUGGAAGAACCAACUCACAAGCCUUUGCGACUCCGAGAUGGUCCAGUAAAUCUGGAGAAGAUAUCGGAGGAGGUGAAAGAGCGUCCAAAGCCGAAGAAGGUCCUUCCAGGUUCCACAGUGGCUGCAAGGCAGGUUGCAUUUUACGAAGGUGGGAUGAUUGAUGCGCGCGAAAGAGGCACAGGUGCCUCCGAGGAGCCAGUUCCAAGGACGGCGUAUGAGGGACCUCAGACUGGUGGAGGCUCUGGAGCUACCAGCGGCGCCAGGGAGCUACCAUCAAGGCCAAUGCAAGAGUGUCAUAUCCCGCGUUCUGGACCUGGACCCGGACCAAUCACACACAUCAUUUCCAGACUUCCGGAUCCGGCCGACUUCUCUCUAAUGUCCGGAUCCGACCCAUGUCUAUCUUCCGUGCCUUAUCCCUUUACUCUGCUCAUUCCCUUCUCCGUCCGACUUGAGUUCUCCUCUCGUCGUCCUCCGCUAGUCUUAGGAUCGAUUCCUAUAGACUUCUCACCUCCGCCUCUACCUCUGGUAGUCCUCCGCUGUUUCCUUUCUAGUUCGGACAUCGUCCGGAUUAGUCUUAUCCUUCAUUCCCGAAUGUCCGCCGGAAUUCCCAUGCAUCGGACAUCAGACUCCGGACUCGUCCGACAACCUCCGGACAUUGUCCAACAGCCCUCGGAAGUUAGGGGCACAUACUCGGGUAAGGGGCGCAGCGCACGAGCUGAAGCCAAGCCCUUCGGAUCCGACCCUUGA